UCUUCCUCUGGCGUCGGUUCCGUUCGCACAGCUCUCUCUCCGCUGCCGCCGCUCCUCGCCGCCGCUCUCGCCCGUCUGCGCUCCGGGCCGCUCGGGCGUUUUCUCUCUGCCUUAAAGUCGGGUGUCUUUUAUGAAUAAUCAAAAGCCGCAGAAGCCGACACUAUCGGGCCAGCGUUUUAAAACCAGAAAGAGAGAUGAAAAAGAGAGGUUUGACCCUACUCAGUUCCAGGACUGUAUUAUUCAAGGUUUAAGUGAAACUGGCACUGACUUGGAGGCAGUAGCAAAGUUUCUUGAUGCUUCUGGUGCAAAACUUGACUAUCGCCGCUAUGCAGAAACACUUUUUGACAUCCUGGUGGCUGGUGGAAUGCUGGCCCCAGGUGGUACCUUGGCAGACGACAUGACACGCACAAACGUCUGUGUAUUUGCAGCACAGGAAGACCUAGAAACCAUGCAAGCAUUUGCUCAGGUUUUUAACAAGCUCAUCAGGCGUUACAAGUACCUGGAGAAAGGCUUUGAGGAUGAAGUCAAAAAGUUGCUGCUGUUCCUGAAAGGGUUCUCAGAAUCUGAGCGGAACAAACUGGCCAUGCUGACGGGUAUUCUGCUGGCCAAUGGGACACUGAAUGCAUCGAUUCUCAACAGUCUUUACAAUGAGAACUUGGUUAAAGAAGGUGUUUCUGCAGCUUUUGCAGUCAAGCUGUUCAAAUCAUGGAUAAAUGAGAAAGAUAUUAAUGCAGUGGCUGUCAGUCUUCGCAAAGUAAACAUGGAUAAUAGACUGAUGGAACUCUUCCCAGCCAACAAACAAAGUGUUGAACACUUCUCUAAGUACUUCACUGAAGCAGGACUAAAAGAACUUUCUGAGUAUGUUCGGAACCAGCAAUCCAUAGGAGCUCGGAAGGAGCUGCAGAAAGAACUGCAGGAGCAGAUGUCGCGGGGAGAUCCCUUCAAGGAUAUCAUCUUGUAUGUGAAGGAGGAGAUGAAGAAAAACAACAUCUCAGAACAGACUGUGGUAGCCAUAAUCUGGUCAAGCGUAAUGAGCACGGUGGAAUGGAACAAAAAGGAGGAGCUGGUAGCAGAGCAAGCCAUUAAGCAUUUGAAGCAAUACAGCCCUCUACUUGCUGCCUUCACCACCCAAGGUCAGUCAGAGCUGACUCUUCUGUUGAAGAUUCAGGAGUAUUGUUAUGACAACAUUCACUUCAUGAAGGCCUUCCAGAAAAUAGUGGUGCUCUUCUAUAAAGCUGAAGUUCUGAGUGAAGAACCCAUCUUGAAGUGGUACAAAGAUGCACAUCUUGCUAAAGGAAAGAGUGUUUUUCUGGAGCAGAUGAAAAAGUUUGUUGAAUGGCUCAAGAAUGCUGAAGAAGAGUCGGAGUCUGAAGCUGAAGAAGGUGACUGACCUGAGAAACUCUGUCCUCAGUAAAGCAAACAGGAGCUGUAGAUAAGUGUCAUGUCUCAUGUGUCCUUCUGAUUCUUACAUCCUACCUCCCUGUAUCAAGCAUGAUAUAAGGGCUCUCAUGGCAAUUUAUUUUAACUGUUUUCUAUAGUUAUUGAAAUACUGGAUUUAGUUUUUAAAACCAUGUUCAAGUAGCUUACUGGAGCUGUUAUAGAUUUGACUCUAACCUGCAUCUGUCCUUUCAGUUACCUUCUACCUCCUGUAUUUUCUACUGUAAUACUGUCAUUUAAAGCCUUCCACAGUGAAAUCCACCUUACCCCUUGGAAUUUCUAUCUGUAUUGGAGUAGAUGUGAUAUGGUGAAUGAGACAGGGCAGUUCUGCUUGCAGAUUAAACUGUAAAAAGUCUCCAAGUGAA